AUGUUUAGACGGUGUCGUGCGGCGCUGGCGCGGCCUCCGCGAGGCGUGCCGCGAGUGCGCGCGGUGGCGGACGCGGUGGCGGGGGCGGGCGGCGGGGCGAGCGGGCGCGCCUUCUCCACGCGCACGCCGCCAGUGCGGCCGCACCCCCGCCCCCCGCCGCUGCCGCCACCCACCACGCCGCACCGGCGCCCGAUGCAGCCGCCGCCCCGCCCCCGCCUGUGCACACUACAUGUC